AUGGUUCUCACUGCCCCCCCUGCCGAAGUGGCCAUUAUUGGCGGAGGUCUUGCCGGCCUGACCCUCGCUCUGGCGUUGCACGAUCUGAAUAUCCCCUCUACGGUCUAUGAGGCCCGCUCUGCGGACUUCGACCAAGGGGGUGGUAUCAUGCUAUCGCCCAACGCCCUGCGGGUCCUUGAUAGCGUGGGCGUUUACAAACGUGUUCGGGAUAACUCGCUACAAUUCGACAUCCUCACCUUCAAGGAUGGUCAGGACCAGACUACUGAUGUGUACUACUUCGGCUCUGAGGAGCUAUACGGCUAUCAUGCUAUCCGCAUCAUGCGUAAAGAACUUCUAGAUGAGAUGAGGGCCAUGGUGCGGGAGCGUAACAUUCCGAUCCACUUCGAUAGUAAAUUGACUGCCAUCACAUCCGAUGGCCCAGACAAGGUCGAGUUUACAUUUGCGGACGGACGCGUUGCAUCUGCUCCUCUCGUAAUCGGAGCUGACGGAAUCCAUUCUACUGUGCGUGGGACUUUCCUACCCGAGGUGAAGCCUAUAUACGCCGGUUUCAUGGGCAUCAACAGCGUUGUACAAAGAUCUCAGCUUCGUAUCCCCGAAGGCUACAGCCUACCCGCGACUGUCUUGGCCAAGACGGGCGCCUUUCUGCUAGUACCCCAAAAGCCGGACGGGUCCGAGCUUUUCAUUGGCUCGCAGAGACGAUUUCCCGCGCUGGAUGCGGCAGGUUGGGAAGCGCUGAGGAAGGAUAAGCAAAAGUUGUAUGACAUGCUUCAAGAGAAUAAGUCUGACUGGCCGGAUAUCGUGCAGUCAGCUCUGGAGGCGACGCCAGUAGACCGAAUGGGAUUUUGGGCCUUCCAUGGUAUACCGCCUCUAGCAUCGUGGCUAUCUGAGUCCAAGAGAAUUAUCCUAGUUGGAGACGCAGCGCACGCAAUCCCACCAACUGCCGGUCAGGGUGCUAACCAGGCCUUCGAGGACGUGAGAGCACUGGCCACUCUGCUCUCCAAGCUCUCACCCGAGGUGCCGCUAGACAAGGCUGCUGCGCAAUGGCAAACCUAUCGCCAAGCGCGAGUUAAGAAAGUCCUCGACCUAACUAACCAGAUGAACGCGAAACGUCUUCCGGAAUCAGAGCGAGCUAAGAUGCCCCCUGGUGCUAUCUGGAGUGACCAGUCGCUCACACGUGGUGAGGGUGGAGAGUUACGUUGGCUGUACGAUCCAGAUUUGGCACAGGAGGCUGAGAAGUGGGUGGAAGAGCUCAAACAGGCUGCUAAUCCUUGA